AUGGCCAUCAGAGCACUGUGGCCUCCCAAGGCUGCGUUUCCUGCCUCCUCGUAUUUACAAAGACAAACACCCCGCACCACACCGCACCACCCCGCACCACACCACACCACCCCGCACCACCCUGCACCACACCGCACCACCCCGCACCACACCACACCACCCCGCACCACCCUGCACCACACCACCCCGCACCACACCGCACCACCCUGCACCACACCACCCCGCACCACCCCGCACCUACCCGCACCACACCGCACAGAGCAGCGCAGCGCAACACAGCACCCCAGAGAGGGGCCACGUCUGGUGCAGAAUCGGCCCUGUUCCGGCCCCGAGUCUCUCACACACAACAGGGCCAGAGCUGCCCCAGAUUUGCACUAG